GACUUUCCUCCAACUCUAUUGCUUUUCUCUUUCUGACCCUUUUCCGAGCACACGUACCCUAUAUAAUCUCUCUAGCAAUGGCAAUAUGGCCGAUGUUUAUUCUUGCAGCGUGUGCACCUCCACAUAGAUUAAGUAAUGAAGUCUAGAACUACUUUCCUUAUCCUGCAAAUUCCACAUGGUCUCUUUAUGCCGAUUCCACUCUUUCAAUCCUCGCCUCAGUCGUUCUCUCUCUCUUUCGCCCUUCAAAACAAAUACAAAACUACAUCCCCUUAGCAAAUACCACCCCUUCUCUCUCUCUGCAACAAUGGAAGAAAUCCCUCUUGGUUACAGGCGUAACGUUGGCAUCUGCCUCGUCAAUGCUUCCAACAAGCAGAUUUUGACAGCAUCAAGGCUUGAUAUCCCUGGAGCGUGGCAAAUGCCACAGGGAGGUGUAGACGAGGGAGAAGAUCCCAGGCAUGCAGCUUUCAGAGAGUUGAGAGAGGAAACAGGAGUGACUUCUACUGAAUUUGUUGCUGAGGUUCCUCAUUGGUUAACUUAUGAUUUCCCCCCUGAAGUCAAAGAAAAACUUACUAAGUUAUGGGGAGAAGAUAGGAAAGGCCAGGCCCAAAAGUGGUUCCUUCUUAGAUUUACUGGACAGGAUGGUGAGAUCAAUCUUUCCGGUGACGGGACAGAAAUUGCUGAGUUUUCAGAGUGGUCGUGGAUGUUGCCCCACGAAGUGAUUGAACAUGUUGUGGAUUUUAAGAAGCCUGUUUAUGAGGAAGUUUUGAGGACUUUGGCCCCAUAUCUUCAAUCUGAUUCUACUGCAGAGGCCAGUACUUAAGCUCUAGGCAAAUAUUUUCUUCUGUUGAUUAAGGUCAACAUUUGAAGGUUGAGACGCGUUCAAGUAAUUCAAGGCAGUUGGAUAUGUACCAAGUUCUGAUACUGUUCACUCUUUCGCAAUUGGAGACCUGGUUUAAUGUGGAAUUCUGAAAAAUAUGUCAUGAACUUGUAACCCUACUCUCCUUUGUAAUUUUAUUUGAUUUUACAGUGGUUAUUUAUCAUCAAGAAAAGAAAAGAUGCCGAUGCCCUCUUUUGUGGGGGUUUAAUGUUUUUGAGCUUAGACAUUUCCAAUUGGAGCUCAAGUUUAGUAUUUAUUAGUUGAUCCAUUUACAAUGUUGUAGGAGUGGGCUAGUUUGAGAGGUUAAAUUAUUUUUUCUUAUCAGA